AAUGUUGGCUCUAUGCAUAACAGUAGCAGUAAUGUUUCUUGGUGUGAGAUCAGAUCUGAAUCAGGACAUAAAGGGAUGUCAGGAUGCCAUGUCUGAUCUCUACUCUUGUCUUCCUUAUGUCAGUAACAAAGCUAAAGCUCCAGACUCAACAUGUUGCAGCAAACUCAAGGUAAACAUAGACAAAGGGCAGACCAAGAGAUGUCUUUGUACUCUUGUCAAAGACAGAGAUGAUCCUGGUUUAGGGUUCAAAGUUGAUGCCAAUCGUGCAAUGAGCCUCCCUUCGGCUUGCCACGUCCCUGCAAAUAUCUCAAAAUGCCCAG